CGUAAGCGGAGGGGGGGUGAGGGUUCACGGAGGCCGGAGCCGGCGUCUGUCUCUGGUAGCUGGCAGAACUGAGGCGGCGGGGAACCGGACGCGCUUCCACCUCAGGCUGCCCCCUUCAUGGCGGCCCGCCGGCUCCGGGAAGUCUGGCGACUGGGAGCGCGGGGAGGGCUGAGGCCGCGAGCGCCCCCGACCGGCUGUUCCAGGUACAUGCCGUCCUGUGGGAUUCUGAUGAUCCGUGCCCCCCAAGCUGUCAGCAGUGCCGAUUGGGAUCUUAGUGCUCAGCACAGCCGGACGUUUAUCAACUUUACAGGGCCUUUCACCAACAAACGGAAGGAAUAUUCGGAAAGGAGGAUCCUUGGUUACUCCAUGCAGGAGAUCUAUGAAGUUGUGUCCAAUGUGGAUGAAUAUAAGGAAUUUGUUCCCUGGUGCAAGAAAUCAGUUGUGGUCUCUAGGAGGACAGGCCACGUGAAGGCCCAGCUGGAGGUUGGGUUUCCUCCUGUUGUGGAACGUUACACAUCCAUUGUGACACUGGUGCGGCCCCAUCUAGUAAAGGCGGUCUGCACUGAUGGGAAGCUCUUCAACCACCUGGAGACCAGCUGGCGUUUCAGCCCUGGCAUUCCUGGCUACCCCCGCACGUGUACAGUGGACUUCUCGAUUUCCUUCGAGUUCCGCUCCCUGCUGCACUCGCAGCUGGCUACCGUCUUCUUCGACGAGGUGGUCAAACAGAUGGUCGCUGCUUUUGAACGCCGGGCGGCAAAGAACUACGGUCCCGAGACCCGCAUUCCCCGAGAGCUCAUGUUCCACGAGAUCCACCAGACGUGAAGGGCUCCCUGCUGCUUUGGUGGCCACGUGGACACUGCGCUGGGGUGUGCACUCAUGGCUUCCUCGGCCCCUCUGUUUUUAUCUAUUUAUUUGGUUUCUCCUGGUAUCCUGUCUUAAUUUAUCCACUGGGCCUGGUGUGAUGAAGAGAGACUUUUUCCUAAGGAAAGGGCCAGGUGGUCAUGUUACCUCCGGAGCAACCUCUUAACUGUCUGUUUUGCCUAGUCAUGCUCUUAUGCUGGGUCAUACAUACAUACUUCGUUUUGUAGGACUUUCUUUGAAGCCCUUCUCCUCCCCUCCCCCUUAAUCCCCCAGUCUGCAGAGCGUUUCCCAUCCCAUUCUCCACCUAUUUUGUAUGUGCCAGCAUGGCCGGCCUUAGGCUGAGGACAGUGCCGGACCCUGUUUCUCUGGGGAACAGGGGGUGGCGGAAGCUCACAGCAUGUGGCCGUGUGCUCUCUUUCUGUGCCUAGUGAAGGGCCCAUUGGAAACCGUGCCUCGCAAAUCACUUGUUUUAAAAAGAAGGAAAGGAAGAAAGCCCUGACCUGGACUGCCCCUUGACAAUAGAGAAUAAGCGUGGCGAGGCUGUACUUUUUGUCUGGCAGUCUCCUUAGCUGUUAGUGGUUGGAUUCUGCUGGUUGAACGUUGGUUUGGAGUGCAGUAGCGGAAAUGCAGGCAUGGCGGAGGGGAGCAGGCAAGCAGUGCAGAGUGGCUGGUGUCUGUUACUGAGGGUAGAGGGUGCUCUGCAGUUGCUGCUUUCUUUGAGGCUGUGCAAAGCUAACAUCGUACUUGUGCUGAAACAUCAGGCUGGGAUUCUUCUUCUUCCUUGCCCAAACAGUACCAUAAACUUUGUUCAUCACUAGGCUAUCUAAGGGAGAUUUGCAUCCAGCCAGCUGCCCUGUGUCUUCCUUUUGGUUGAUAGAAGAGUGCAGAGUAGCAAAAGAUGUGUGCCAAAUAAAGGGCCAAGGGGGAGAUAUGGCCCUCUUGGAGCCGGAAUAGUUUUAGAAAUGUUAGAAGACACACUCCAAAUGGGUGCACAUUUGCGGUGGGGGUGCGAGGAGAGAAGGGAAGCAGAAUUACUUGUUGGGAGUGCAACCAGAGUUUUCUGCAAAAGUUCAGAUUCCUCUGUCCUCCUGUUUCAUUAAAACCCAUGUCCAACCCUCUUGAAACGUCACCUAAAACCCAGAGGUGGAUGUCUUGGUUGCAGCCUUUUGAAGUGCCAUGCCUAAGGCAUCUUUGGGAUUAUUGAGGCAAUGGGUUGCACAAGCCUGCCAGCGCUCACCACAGCACCAUAGUUGUGUUCUGCUUUGCAUUAUGGGAAUGGAAUAUAGCAUUAUCAGGCUGGGGGCUGCUGCUUUGAGGACAGGACUUCCACCUGCGCAGAAGCAUGGUCCCUCUUCCACCAAAUAUUUCCACACAGGGAGAGUGACUAUGCCUUGUGCAGCCCACUUGAGAUAAAGCGCCACCCGUGGGAAGUGAUUAGCAUGCCACUGUCUGCAGCUGGCUUGUGGGAAGGUGCUUAGUUGGGGUGUGUAUUCUGAGUCUUGGCCCCAUUGAAAGCUGCAAGUUGAGACCAACCACACCUGCCCAGCAGCUGUUCCUGAAAUUGCCUCCUGUUCCCAUGACCACCACUGUGGGUCUCCCAAAACCCCACCCUGCACUUUUCCCCGGUGCAGACAUCCAUUUGUGUUGCCUAUUUUGCUGUAAACCCGGUACCCUGUUUUGAGCUGGAAAAGGAGUUUAUCUACGUUUAGACGCACAUUUUGCACAAGCGGUGUGGACACAAACACACGACUGCUGGGGUUGAGCCCUGCGAUGUGGGCCUGGGGUAUUCCAGGCCCUGUUGCUUCCACGUUUCAGGCGCCAGAGUGUUUGUGUGCCUGCUUUUAUGAAGAUGUCACGUUGCAUAACAUGGGGUGAGAGUGAUCACUAUGUUUUUCACAGAUUCCUGUGGCUCUCUGCUCAGCGGAAGGAGGAAGAUAGGUUAAAACGGCAGGUUGAGGGAAAUAAAGUAGGUGGAUGAACCUUGGGCCUUGCUUUGUUUGUGCCCAUUGAGCAGCCAGAUCACCCCACUUGCUCCAAUGUGAGGUGUAGAUCUGCUAUACCUGCCCUUGGAGGGGAGGGGCUUGAAGUUGGCUUUGUAACAGAGGCUUGCCUUACAUGUGUUACAAGUCCUUGCUCUCUGAGCUUUCCUCUUCAGAACCAGGAUCCCUGGACCACUGAUGGGGUCAUGGCUAGAAGCCUGCCAUGUUUGGCUAGCAGGAGGCAUAUGGACCAUUGGGAACAUGACCCCCUCUUUCUUCAUAAAUUGGGGGGGGGCGCUGCUGUGGCAUAGAUACCUGAGCAAUCUCCUGUCGAGGCUGCUAGUAUUGCCCAUUGUACAAUGGAUGGCUUCCUUUUUUCUCUGACCACGGGUUUCAUGGCUUCGCUUUUCCUCCAAAGAAUGCAAGAAUAGUUUGGGCUUCUAUCCCAAAUUUACUGCAUUGCUAUCAAUGUAAUGGCUCUGGAAACAACCACCCACUUCCUGUGCUGAGCUAGAAACCCAGUUUUGGAGGCAGCUCCCGCGAGUCAGUCCAAAGGCUUCUUACUCGCCAUCGGUUUUGCAUACCAAUUGGCUCUGUGCAGUUACGCUGCGAUCUCCCAAACUGUAUAGAUUUGACUGUACAGUUGGUGUCCUUUGCUGAGAUGUUCCCUCGGCAACUCUCCCCAAAUCUCUCAUUUGUAAAGGUGGUCUUUCCUUCCCUGCUCCCAAAAUUGCCAGCUUUUACCGACCGAAGGGGGCUUGUUUCCAAAGAACAUCCUCCUUCUGCCUUUCUGAGCUGCUGAAACUAUUUACUUGCUCUUUAUCCCAGUUUCUGCUGUUAUCCUGUAAGAACAAACAGGCUUGCUCUAUGGAAUGCAUACACAAGGCAGUGAUCUUUUCAGAGUCCUCAGGGAGGAAAGGCUUGCAUUUCUAAGACCUGUAUUUCCAGAAUGCUUCUCUGAGCAAAUAGUUCCUUUAGUAGUAAUAAAAGGCAAUAAGCGCUAGUGAGGAAGCCGCUCCGAGAGGAAGUCAUUAACAAUAGCACGCUUCUAACCUGCUCUGCUAAGCAUGUCCUGUGCUGUAUUCAUGAAAAACAGUCACUUUAGAACUCCACCUUCCUACUUGGCUGCCCUUGUUACAGCUGAAUUUGAUGGAGGUACAUUUGGGCGGGUUGGCAGAAAUGUUUUCUAUUUCUAUCCACGUGUUUGGGAACCUGUCCUUGCAUCCAAGUCUGGCAGUGACCAGCGUGGCACAAGGGCUAGCGCACAAAUUUCUCUGUCUACACACGUUCAGGAAGAACCAGCCUGAACUCUCACGAUCAGUUGCAUAGAAGAGGGACUGUGAUUUCAGCUGGGAGAGCCCUGGCUUCAAAUCCCGUGCUCUGUUUAAAGGUGAUUUGGGGUCAAGUUGGCUGUAUAUACCUACCAUAAAAUCUGGAUUUGCGGAUACAGGGAAGGCUUUUUAAAGCUAACUAAAGUGUAUUUCAGAAAUACUUCUGUGAUAUUGGCGCCUGGACGUCUCACGACAGUUGCUGCUGUUUGCAGCCUUCGCCAAUAAGAUGAGCAAUCUUAUUCAUGCUUACUUGGAAGUAAUUACUAUUGAACUUGGUGAGACUUACUUCUGUGUAAAUAUGGUUAGGCCACUGUGCCAGAGGCUGGGGGACGCAAGAGGCUUCGAGUAGCACAAGGAACUUGUAGUUAUCAUAAGCAAGCUUACUUUCCACUGCAAGGGGGUGGAAGGUGCAUUCACAAAGGGAAUGAGAGGAUCCCAUUGUCUCCAGUUGCACAAUUUAUUCAAAUCACAAAAUUCUUUUCUGCUGGGAGGAGGGAGAGGGAAUGAUGACAUGGUAGCAGCUUCAGAGCCCAAAAUGUAUUGCCUCCUUUGCUUCUAAUGCAGAGACCAACUGCUGCUCUGCAAAGCUGGUUUCUUCUGGAGAGUGCUGCCUGCAUACCUCCCUUGAAUUUGGACUCUAACCUUCAGAUCAAUGCUGCCAGGGCAGAGGCUAGCUUUAAAGUGGGUUCCUUCAGCACAGACUUCUGUCCCAAAAGUUUGCUGCACGUUGCGCUUCAAAGCAAUUCCGCCAUUGCCAAACAAAACAGCAAAGCGUCUUGGUUCCUGGGCCUCGUGCUCACUGUAGUUCUCUUCUGCAGCUAUGAAUGGAAACUCUCAAAGAAAGGUGCUCAACGUGUCUAGUGAUCAUCACUUUAAAUUGAAAAUGGGCAGCCUUGCAUUUAGGCAUUUGCCAAGCAGGGAUGAAGCCCGGUUCACCAAGACAUUAUAAGGCACCAAGGAGAAGGAACUAGUGGUUCUGUUACUUUGAAUCGUGACCUUGAUCCAUGAUUUAAUGAAUUGUGUUUGCUGCAGUCUAUGUACCACACUCCCUUUAAAAUGCAAGAGCUAAGAUAAUUCAUGGGGCGGAUUCUGCUGAAGGUUGUAGUGUUCAAGUCCCAUGCAGAGGACAGGAAUGUUAAGGCCCCGCUAACUUCAUUUGCAGUGGAGAACAUAAUUCUUUAUUGACACCAGACAUACAAGCAGAUAAUGUGUCCUGGGUUGAUGCUUGUUUAACGUUCCAGGUUUCUUGUCAUUACUUCCUCAGCUUUUACAUUCUUAACAAGAGCUUUGCCUUCAUUGGAGUCAUUUUGGCCCUUAAAACUAUAUCUACUGCAGAAAAAUCAGCAAUGCAGUUUGUUGCUUGUGUUAGAGAACCACAUGCUCUCUCUAAAGGAAGAUACUAUCUACUUUUCUUUCACUGCCCCCUGCCUGUCCCCAUGAACCUGGACUUUUAAGCCUCUCUGGGCACCUCAUGUUUAAACCUUGUACCUGCUUCCCUCCAGUCGGCAAAGCGAUUGUGUCCUAAACAUUGCAGUGCCUUCUGCUCCUAUCUGUAUCAUCAUCAGGGCUGCGGCUGCCUCAUGCUACUUAGCCUGGUAUGUGCUACCUCAGCUUGUAAGAAAGGUGGGGGAUUUAUUUCCAGAAGAAGGAAAGGGGAAUAGAAAAUGAGAUUAUGCACAGUAAGAGGAAAUCAUCAUUGUGUUCUACCCUUUUAACUGUGAAUCUUAUUUGAUAGCUGCAAAAUCUGUCCAAGAAUGUUCAAAGACUGAACCAAUCCCAAGAGCAUUUUUAUAGACCAAUAAAAAAAUAUGUUUGCAAAAAGGUA